UGCCGUGCGGCCGGAUAACGGCGUUAAAAAAAAAAGCUCGUAGACGUCUUUUGGCGAGUCUUUGGAACUCGAGCUGUUGAGAUCAGUACCGCAGUGGAAUCAGUGUGUCCGUCUGCAACCACGUUUCCAGACGUGCAUUCAUCCUGUUACUGUGACUGUUGGUGUUACUGUUAACUGUGUUCUGGGCGUUUAUAGGCUACCUGAAAACAACCUGCACGCAGCCUACAGAUACCUUCACCUCCUGCCAGAGUUUGUCUGCUGGAAAGAUGACGCGGCAGUUUGGCACAGCUUUGAGUUGGCUCAAGGGAAGGACUGCUGGAAUCUUCUGCUGCCAUUUGUUGCUUGUUGUCAGCUGCACUUCCUUAUAUUUAAGAUAUUUAGAGAGCCUCAUCCCUGCUGACGAGCUGCCGGUGGCCAGGGAAGGAGAACUGAGACGGAGCGUCAAUUUAGACGACACACUCGACUUUACGGCCAGAAAAUGGGUUGAGACACGCACAUCUUGGGAAGCUCCUAUCAUCUGGGAGGGAAUGUUUGACCCUGAUCUUUAUGACCAAAAGCACAUCCAAAACCAGUCAUCUGUGGCCCUCACGGUGUUCGCUGUGGGAAGGUACUUUGCCUACCUAAAGACGUUCCUUACCUCUGCAGAACGUCAUUUUAUGUUGGGGUUAAAAGUGACCUAUUACGUGUUCACGGAUCAACCGGAGAAAAUCCCACCAGUGAACCUUGGUCCUCUGCGAAGCCUGAAGGUUGUCCUGGUGAAAAAGUACUCCAGGUGGCACGACGACUCUAUGAUGCGCAUGAAAGCAAUCUCGGAUACCAUAGAAUCAGAGAUUCGUCACCGUUGCAAUUAUGUCUUCUGCUUUCAUGUGGAUCAGCAGUUUAAGGGAAGAUUUGGCUCAGAGGCUCUGGGGGAUUCUGUGGCCUUGCUUCAUGCCGGCUUUUUCAAAACUCCAAAGGAAGGUUGCACCUAUGACCGAAACCCCAAAUCCACAGCCUUCAUGACAAACGGAGAUUACUACUACAAUGCUGCUGUCUUUGGAGGCCUUUGGGAAAAUGUGCAGACUUUGGCAGAUUACUGCUUUCUGGAUAUCAUGGAGGACAAACUAAAUGAGGUGGAGGCUCAGUGGCAUGAUGAGAGUCAUCUGAACAAGUACUUUUGGCUUCACAAACCAAGCAGGCUGCUCUCCCCCAAGUAUUGGUAGGACCAGAGAAGGGGACACACACACACACACACACACACACACACACACACACACACACACACACACACACACACACACACACACACACACACACACACACACACACACACACACACACACACACACACACACGACACGCGCGAUCGCCACCCGCCUACUAUGGACAAUAUGACCCACUUCAUACUCUGUAGAGUGGCUUGAAGAGCCACAAAUUGCAAUAACUUUGGGGGGGGAAAUGUGAGAGGUUUACUAUAAUUUUUGUAUUGGAUUCUAUUCUUGGAAAGUUGAAUAAUCUUUCUUUCUGCCUUUUCUGGAAAUCAAACUCAGUUGUCUUUGUGUUGAAGAAUAUGUUAGAAGGAUUAUGUUUACAAAAGGGAUGUGAACUGUGUGGGCUUUAAUAUUUUAACAUGAAUGAAUGAAUAAAUAAAUGUUUUUUAUACAAAGCAAGUUUACAGCCAAAUGUGAAAGGCUAAGAGGCAUGUCAAUCAAGCUGACCCACUCCCAAACAUACCACUAUUUUAGCUUGAAACUCUUAUUAAUGAAGAAUCCUUUCCAGACCAACUUUAGAAGAGCUGAUAACUAUUGAGCAACAUGAUCCAGAACCUUGUUUCUUGGGGAACUGUGCUAAUCAGUGCAGCUAGCAUUAUGGCUAGGAGUUAAACUCAAUGUCACCAUAUCAAAAAGAAUAUUUUCUGAUCUCAAUAUAGCCCUACAAUAAGAUAUUUUAGAAUGUUUACUUGUCAAUUGUGAAGCAAAUUUUAAGUGUUUCUCCCUUCAACCCCAUGUGUGUCUCUCUCUCUCCUUCCCUCUUUCAUAAUUUAAAUGGUGGUUGUAAAUAUUAAUUUUAGUGUCCAUAGUUUUAUUGUAAGCUUUGCUACUAUUAAAUGUUAUUUUGUGCAAUGAUUUUGUU